GAUUUUUCCCACCACCCGACUAUCUCGACACAUGCGCGAUGGCGAUUUGAUUAGUCGCCGAACGUAGUGAAGUUCACAGCACGCACAGCUGACAAUGAACGCUGCGAUCACUCGCGCUUCUAUCGUGCACAGCUGAUUUAGUAGAGAAUAACGAGUAAAUUCAGAUCAGACCUGUUUGCAAGUGAAUUGACGAAAGUUAUUUCUUCAUUUUUCGCUUCGACUGUAAAUAAAUAUUUAUGUGGGUCGACAAAGCAGUUUUCUCGUACGACCCGGAUUAAAAAAAUCAGGUGGAUGAUGUCAUGUUGUUUAAACGUCUGUAGGCGUUAAAUCAUGCAGCCACGAUUUUGGCGUCAUAAACGUUCCGUAAAUCUGUUUACGCGCGUCUGUUGUCCGAAUAAAACGUAUUCGAGAAAAUAGCUCAGACUGGAUUAUCAUCGUUUGCGUAUAACUUAUCAUUUUGAAUCGAUAAUACAUUGAACUUAAUAUUCUAUGGAAUAAUGAAAACUCAUGUGUCUGCUUGGAAAACUUACUUCUUGAAUAAGUAAUAUUGUUGUUACAAAACACAAUGAAUAAUCUCUCUGGACAGUUCCGCAAGACAACAUGGGAUCCUAUUCUUAUAAUCUCCCAGAUAGUAGCUGUGCAGACCGUCAUGUACUUUUGCCUUGGAUUCUGGAUCUGGAUCAUUGCGUCGAUGCUAGGCUCGACAAAAUCCUUGGACUAUGCUUUCCAGUACAAGGAGAUACACGUUCGUGACUUUGAAGGAAGAUCAGUUAUUGUAAUUUUUGUUUUUAAUGCACUUGUGGGUGCAUUAGCAUUAUGGUGGCUAGUGCAAAGAACAAAACAGUGCAUGGACUUUGCGUGUACUGCCCAUUUGAUUCAUCUGAUCUGUUGUUGGGUGUACAAUGGAACCUUUCCAACGUCUUUCAGCUGGUGGUGUUUAAAUAUUGUGUCGUUAAGUAUAAUGUGUGUCUGUGGAGAAUUUCUUUGUAUGAGAACAGAACUGCAGGCAAUACCAUUAGGUAUGAACAGUCAAAAGACAGCCUUAUGAGAUAUGAAUAUGAUUAACGUUAAUUUCUGAAGUAAAAAAAGUAUGAAACGUAAAUAAAAUUUUUCUCAAUAAAUGUUUUUUUACUUUAUGUUAAAGUUCUUGCUAAAAAUAUAUUGUUGAAGUUAUUGUUUAAUCCCUUACAUAUGUAUGUUCAAGAACUACUUGUCAUAGAUAAGUACAAACUGGACAUUCAAUUCUCCAGAUCUGAACUGCCCAAUAUAGUUUAAAACACAUCUGAUUUAUAUUAAUUUACUGAAUAUUUUGAAAUGCCUGUGUUUAAUUUAAUAAAUAUACAUUUUAUUCAUAA